AUGGCUGCGCUCGUGGGAUCGGCGGCGCUCCGCGCGGGGCGCGGGCUCCGCGGGCUCCGCGGGCGGACGGCGCGCUCGGCAGCCGGGCUCCGGAGCCUGGGAGGGCCCCGCAGGGGCUACGCCCCGGGCCGCGCGGAGAGCACCCCCACCUUUGGGUUUCUGUUGGACGUCGAUGGUGUGCUGGUCCGGGGCCACAAGGUCAUCCCCGCUGCAUUGGAUGCCUUUGCAAGGCUGCUGAACCCGCAGGGGCAGCUCCGGGUACCCGUGGUUUUUGUCACCAAUGCUGGAAACAUCUUACAACACAGCAAAGCCCAGGAACUGUCAGCCCUGCUGAGAUUUAAGGUGGAUCCAGACCAAGUCAUUCUCUCUCACAGCCCCAUGAAGCUCUUCUCGCAGUUCCACAACAAGCGGAUGCUGGUGUCUGGCCAGGGGCCUCUGGUGGAAAUUGCCCGAGCACUAGGCUUCCAGGACGUGGUGACGGUGGAUGAGCUUCGGAAGGCCUUCCCAGUGCUGGACAUGGUGGACCUGGCAAGGCGGCCAAAGACCACGCCCCUUCCGAGGAAUGACUUCCCGGCCAUUGAAGGGGUGCUUCUCCUUGGGGAGCCAGUCCGCUGGGAGACGAGCCUGCAGCUCAUCAUGGAUGUCCUCCUCAGCAAUGGGAGCCCAGGAGCUGACCAGGCACGGGUCCCCUACCCCCACCUCCCGGUGCUGGCCAGCAACAUGGAUCUCUUGUGGAUGGCAGAAGCCAAGAUGCCCAGGUUUGGCCACGGCACCUUUCUGCUUUGCCUGGAAACCAUCUACCGGAAAGUGACGGGCAAGGAGCUGAGAUACGAGGGCCUGAUGGGCAAGCCCAGCAUCCUUACUUACCAGUAUGCAGAGGACCUGAUCAGGCAGCAGGCGGAGAGGCGGGGCUGGGCCGCCCCCAUCCGGAAUCUCUACGCCGUGGGUGACAACCCUAUGUCUGACGUGUACGGUGCCAACCUCUUCCACCAGCACCUGCAGAUGGCGAAGCAUGGCAGGGCACAAGAGCCAGAGGCCCGUGGCCUGCGGAAGCAGCAGCCCUCGGCCACCCAGAGCUGCACCUCCAUUCUGGUGUGCACUGGUGUGUACAGUCCCCAGGACGUAGGGUCCGCUGAGCUGCAUGCGGGCGCCGAGGGCGUGGAGCCUCCGUUCCACGGGCACAGGGACUUUGGCUUCAGUCUGGGGCUCAUGGAGGCGUCGCACGUUGUGAAGGACAUCAGCGAGGCGGUGCAGCUGGUCUUCCACCGGGAGGGCUGGGCUGGGUAGCGAGUGGGCGCUGGGGCAGGAGAGGCCCAAACCACAGGGGGAACCCUGUCCGCCAGACUCCCUCGCCCAGGACUCAGAGUCACAGCCUGGCGCUCUGGCCAGGAACAGCCAAGGGCAGCACUCGCGCAGACCCAUGGAGGUGAAAUUGCCACGCACCUCUCCGUGCAGUCUGCCCUCUUGCCAGUCCCUUUACCUCUGUGCCUCAGUUUCCUCCUUUCAGUAGGGACUUCUGAAAAGGGAAGCAGCCUGGAAUCAUGUGGAGGCUUCUGGAGACUUGGCUCUCACUGAAGCAACCACUGCAUGACAGCAAGGUGUGUCACCUAAUGUGCUAGUUUUUACUAUAGUUUAUUGCCCAGGGAU